AUGGUCACGCGCGACAAGGCCGGCAUUGUCCGGCCCAACCCGCGUUACACCAACCUCGCCGCGAGCGAUGUCGUGCCCACGUCGGCCCCACGCGCAUGGUUCCAGCGCUUUGGCACGCACCUUCACCGCCUUGGCUUCCUCUCCUCCAUGUCCGACAACUCGCUCUUUGUCCUGCGCCGUGGCACUGAUGAAGCUCAUCUCCUCCUCUACGUUGAUGACAUCGUCCUCGCCGCCUCGUCUUCACGUCUCCUUCAACACAUCAUCGAACAGCUGCGUGCCGAGUUCGCGAUGAAGGACCUGGGACCCGUGCACUUCUUCCUUGGCAUCCAAGUGCACCGCAACGCUGAUGGCUUCUUCCUGUCGCAAGACCAGUACGCCACCGAGAUCCUCGAUCGUGCUGGCAUGACGUUGUGCAAGCCUGCAUCGACACCCAUGGACACGAAGUCGAAAGUUUCCAGCGUCGCUGGCGAACUUUGCAGCGAUCCCACGUUCUACCGGAGCAUCGUUGGGGCAUUGCAAUACCUAACUCUCACGCGCCCUGACUUGUCUUAUGCAGUCCAAUAG